AUGCAAGCUAUGCUAGAACUUAGAGCACCACAAAAUAACCUACUCAGUCUACGUGUUUAUUACGACAAGUUAGAGGCUUAUAUAAGAGAUCUUGAAUCGUUAGGCCGUUCCGGAGAAUCGUAUGGUGCAUUACUUAUUCCGAUAAUACUGAACAAGCUUCCGUCAGAAAUACGACAAAACUUAGCUCGUGAAAACGGUUCCGAUAAUUGGGAAUUGAUUGAUUUGAGACGUGGAAUUUUGAAAGAAAUCACUAUAAUUGAAGCUGGACAACGCUCGUCGUCGUUUAUGAAUUCAAUGCAACCUACUGCAAUGACCGCAUCGUUUUUGACAAGCGCUGAUAGAAAAGGUACACCGAGUAAAGUAGUUACAUUCGAUAACCGAGAGAGACAAACACAAAAUAUUCGACAAAAGCCUUGCAUAUUCUGUCAGAAUUUACAUGACCCUGCAAAAUGCCCAAAUGUUACAGAUCACGAUACACGCCUAUCAAUCGUCAAAGAAAAGAAGUUAUGUUUUAACUGCUUAGGAUCACACCGUUCCGUAGAUUGUAAAUCGAAAUUUCGCUGCCGACAGUGCCAUAAAAAGCACCGAACAAGUCUCUGCCAUGAAAAUACAUGUACUAAUGAUAGGCAAACGUCAGUUCAUGCCGUAGUUGAUGAUAGCGAAGAUACAUUGAUCGCCGCAAGUUUUCAUUCGUCUGAAGAAAAAUCCCGUUCGAACGUGCUUCUAAAAACUGCCGUUGCACCAGUUGGGGGAAAUCGAUAUGUUGAUACGCACAUUUUGUUUGAUGAAGGAGCACAGCGCUCUUUUGUUACCGGGGAGUUAGCCUCGAAAAUAGAUUUAGAAAUACUAGGAACAGAAACCAUACAUUUAUCGGCAUUUGGAAGCACCGACAGCAAAGUCCGUCAUUUGUCAAGAGCACGCGUAUACGUAGAGUCGAUAAACAGAACGAAAAUUCCAGUUGAGGUUCUAGUAGUACCGAACAUCGCCAGCCCGUUAACCAAUUACAUCGGUAAUGGUAUGCGAGAAUUCAAGUACCUGAAAGGAUUACGUUUAGCUCAUCCGUUUACAGAAGACAACUCUUCUUUUGAAAUUUCCUUGCUCAUCGGAGCUGAUUUCUAUUGGGAUUUCGUAGAGGAUACAAUAUUAAGAGGAAAUGGUCCAACUGCCGUAAAGUCUAAACUUGGCUAUUUUAUUGUCUGGUCCAAUUCCAACAUCUAA